GGAAACGUAACUUUCAUUCUUGUCUUCAUUUUAAGCUUGGAAGAGCCUUUACAGGGUGGGUGCAGCGAUCUUUCCAGAGCACCCAGGCAGCCACGGCCUCCCAGAACACCUGUGCUGCCGAUGACAACAAGGCCACUAGCCCUGGGCCUAAGGACUGUCCCGUUUGCUCAUACAACGAAUGGGACCCGCUGGAAGAGAUCAUUGUGGGAAGAGCUGAAAAUGCUUGUGUCCCGCCUUUUUCUGUGGAGGUUAAGGCCAACACAUAUGAAAAGUAUUGGGGAUUUUAUCAGAAAUUUGGAGGCCAGAGCUUCCCCAAAGACCAUUUAAAAAAAGCUAUUGCUGAAAUUGAAGAGAUGUGCAAUAUUUUGAAAAGAGAAGGUGUAAUUGUCAAGAGGCCUGAUCCAAUUGACUGGUCUGUGAAGUAUAAAACACCUGAUUUUGAGUCUACAGGUAUGUAUGCUGCUAUGCCAAGAGACAUCCUGUUGGUGGUGGGAAAUGAAAUUAUUGAAGCACCUAUGGCUUGGCGUGCUCGGUUCUUUGAGUACAGAGCGUAUAGACGAAUAAUCAAAGAUUAUUUCAACUGUGGUGCUAAGUGGACAACUGCCCCCAAACCCACAAUGGCAGAUGAACUCUAUGAUCAGGAUUAUCCAAUCCGCUCUGUUGAAGACAGGCAUAAACUGGCUGCUCAGGGAAAAUUUGUAACUACUGAAUUUGAGCCAUGCUUUGAUGCUGCUGACUUCAUUAGAGCUGGAAGAGAUAUCUUUGUACAAAGAAGCCAGGUUACAAAUUACAUGGGCAUUGAAUGGAUGAGGCGACAUCUUGCACCAGACUAUAGAGUGCAUAUAAUAUCCUUUAAGGAUCCGAACCCUAUGCACAUUGAUGCCACUUUUAAUAUCAUUGGACCUGGUCUUGUGCUCUCUAACCCAGACCGUCCCUGCCGUCAGAUUGAGCUUUUCAAGAAAGCAGGCUGGACCGUGAUUCGCCCCCCAGCGCCACUCAUCCCAGAUGAUCACCCACUGUGGAUGUCUUCUAAAUGGCUCUCCAUGAAUGUCCUAAUGCUGGAUGAGAAACGUGUGAUGGUGGAUGCCAAUGAGACAUCAAUUCAGAAGAUGUUUGAAAAUCUGGGCAUUUCUACAAUUAAAGUGAAUAUUCGCCACGCCAAUUCAUUGGGAGGUGGUUUCCAUUGCUGGACAUGUGAUAUCCGCCGCCGUGGUACCCUGCAAUCUUAUUUUGACUAGUUAUGAGUCAGAUAGGUAGCAAUGGUUCAGCUUCUAAAAUAAGCAUAGAAAAUUAAGAAAUUAAUUUCACUUUUGUUAAAACGACUGCAUGAGCUCUGGUGCUUGAUCAGUGGUGUCUACAGUGGUCUGGUAAAUGAUUUAUUCUUACAUACUCCUCACUUUCAGCAGUAUGAUUGAAACUACUUCUGUCAGCAAUACAGGUUUUAUGGCUGGCUUUUUGAAGGACAUCCUUCAUUUAUGAAGCCUUUUCACGUUGGCUUUGAAUGUAAAAGUUUGACAAGAUAGCUAAAAGGUCUUGCUAGAAUAGCUUGGCCACUAAUGUUGGGCGUCUACCUCUGUCUAGUUACUCUGUCAAAUAGGCAGCUUGAACUGUUAAACUUGAGUAAACUUUUCUUAUUUCUUUAAUCAGUCUGUUCUAAUAUAUCUGUGUUUAAUGAAGUUAAAAUAGAUGCAACUGUACACAUCUCUUAUGGAACCAAGUAAUUUUAUAAUGUUUUUCAUGUUGAGCCAUACAGCUCUUUACAGAGAAUUUCCAGUAUGAUCAGCUUUUAAAACAUGUUCACUUACUUGCCACGUCCUACAUUUUAUUCUGAUGCAUGUUGUGCAUCUGAAUACUUUUUUAUAUUGCUUUUUGUAUUGCUGAGAUUGAUUUUUAUUUAACUUUUUACUGUAUAAAUGAUAGCUAAUAUUCUGCUUGUACAGGUUUCACUCUGAAUUGUUUACAUAACUUAAAAGCACAAAACAAAA